GUCCAGCGACCGAUCCCGCCGUCCGCGCGCGAACGCACGCAGAUCGCCCAUUAUCGCGACAUCCGCGAUCGCAUCCGCGAUGGGCCGCAUUAUGCGAUCCUCGGCGAAACUACACAAGGGGUGAACGAGUAUAUCCCGCAAUCUGUGAAUACAAUGUCCAAUCCCUUCGAGGACAUGCCGACCUACGCACAUUCAUACAAGCGAGUGAAGCGGAAGAUCCCGAAGCUGGAUACGAGAUCUUAUGAGUUGCGGUUCUUCCCUGAGCAACUCUGGACGCUCCUUGAUCCGGAGAAGCGGGAGCUCACCGAGGAGGAGCAGGCGGUGAAGAAGCGCAAGAUGGCGAAAGACCGGCUCGAGCGGAUCGGCGACGAGGAGGACGAGGAGGUGGAGGGCAAGGGGAAGAAAGCGGGGGUGGACGACGACGAGGAUGCGGCGGACAGCGACGAGGACGCGGACGCGCCGGAGGAAGAGCUGGACGAUGCGUUCGACGACGACGAGGAUGAUCUAGAGGGUGACAAUGAUUAUAACGCGCUGCAGUACUGGAAGGAGGAUGAUGAGGGGGAGGGGGAUGAUGAUGGAGGGGGUGGGUUCGAC